GCUGCCACUUUAAAACGUCAUAUUUUGGAGUUUAUGUCAAGAAAAAUACUCAAAUUUGAAUAUUUUUAUUGUAAUUUUUUAACAUUUAUUAGAAAACCGUAUUGUUUUAUACCCGCUAGACUUCACCUCGAGUAUCUGGUUUCUAGGAUGUCUUCAAACGUGACUUCCUGUGAACGUUUAUUGCAACUGAGUGGUUUUGAGGAGCGAAAAAAUGAUGUAGUUUAUGCUCCACCUAAAAAUAUCACUCAACCAUCCAGAGUGGUGGUAUUCUUCCCUGGAGACGUCCAGGACUAUAUAGAGAAUAUGGAAUCACAUAGGGACAACAAACACCAUAAGCAAUGGAAUUUGGAAGAUACUGCCCUAAAGUUACAAAAAAAGUUUCCCGAUGAGCAUAUUUUGGUGGUCAAGCCGGCCAGGAUGGACUUUAAAACUUUCAGUUGCUUUCAAAAUUUCGUUAACAGCAGCGAUAUGGGGGUGCCAAGUCAUUGUUCUGACCAUAAUGGUUUAAGGCACUUGAGUUGUUUAUUGGAAAGCGUUUCAAAAGUGAGCAAAACCAAUUUGAGUCUUUUGGAUAUAACACUCAUAGGAUUUAGUAAAGGUUGCGUAGUACUAAAUCAGUUUUUACACGAAUUCCAUCAGUUCGCGUCAGUGAAGAACGAAGAAAUGUUGAGUUUUAUUCGUAAGAUUCGGGAUAUGUAUUGGUUGGAUGGAGGCCAUUCUGGUGGUAAACAUACAUGGGUUAACGAUAAGGAGAUCCUAAGAACCGUUGUGUCGUUAGGAAUAAAUAUCCAUGUUCACGUAACACCUUAUCAAAUAGGAGACGAUCGACGGCCCUGGAUUAAAAAGGAAGAAAAAACCUUCUCGGAUAUUUUAAUUAAAUACGGUUGCAAUAUCGAGAGGGUGGUGCAUUUCGAGUCGGUGCCCCCAAGUAUUUUUACGCAUUUUGAUGUUAUAAAUGUAUUUAAAAAGUAGUGGUAAGACUAAACCGAUCUCAACUUUUCAAUAAAACCAUAAUACGA